CGCUUUACAGAUAGCAAGAGACCGAUCUGGUUAAAAUGCGUUGAUUGCACUCUAGCAUGCAUUGAUUCGAGUUGUGUGCGAGUCUAAUCAAACGUAUCUAUUAUUGUAUGAGUGAUCUAACAGUGUUCUUAUUUGAUCUUUGCUUUAGUGAAAGUGUGGGAGGAUUAUUAAAGGAACCAUUAGAAAUAAUGAAGUAAGUUGAGUCUUAUCAUUGUAUAGGUUUUAAUUCCACUGACCUACCGCGUCUAUGAUUUGUCUGCUUUAUCAGAUAUAAAACAUUUCUAAUUCUCCUUUCCGUUCAGACCUGGCUUUGCUCGAGUCGGUCUUCCUUACUUCAUGAACGACAAACCAGUGGAUUUUGUACUAAAUGCUGUCAACAUGGUAGCUACGCAUGGAUGGAAACUGUUACCGCAGGUCAGUCAGACCUUUACUGCAAAGACAAUGCUGGGCUUGCUUGAGCGAUGAAAAGAUCGUCAGUCAUCACAAAUUGGUUUAUUUUAGGCAAAGGGUGUUUGAAUGAUCAAGUCGAAAAAGGAUAUCAUUGAAAAGUUGAGCCCAAGGAAACCAUAAAUCAAGCACAAGAUUUGCAAGGACUAUUACUGUUUGAUGAAACAGUGACAUCAUCUUGCUAUUAUUCAGUGCACAUUUAUGAUAUAUUUUUUUUCUUCAUCGGUUUCAGUUUAAUUUGUAUCGUGUUUAAAAACUAAAAUUGUAACAUCUGGCUCUUUGCGCUUUAUGAAAAACAACAACAACAAAACCUGAAACACUUGUGCUUGCCUGGACUCAUUCGUUCGUUCUUGUAAACUUUCGUUCAUACCGCUUUUGCCCGUUUGACUUACUCCUGACACGGCUGUCUCCCCCCCUGGGUCUCCGAGGUGGCUGUCAUAGUGCGCCACAUUUUGAUUUAGUAUAACUACGUCUUUUGUCUGGGUGUCAAGGCUGUCUAACAAAUGAUUUAUUUCGUUGUUUUAUUACAAUACCACUUUGAUCCACACACGGGUGUUUGGGAACAUAAACAGUUUAAAAAGGACCGUGGAGAAACCUUGUUUAGCUUACAUGACCUAAGCUAUGAUGAGACUGGAAUGACCGUUAACACGAAAGAAGUAUGCAAGGAUUACGAAGGGACGCUUGAUGAUAUUGCUGAGGCAGCCAAGCGAGUUUUCAACGAGGCAGUUGAUGUAAACAAGGAAAUAUCCACUAUAGAAGAAGAAGUAAUCGAGUUUACGGACGACAGAAACCAGUUAGUCUGGUUUCUGCAGCCAAAUGAAGCGCAGUUUUACUUAGCGGCAGAGACAUUGAAAUAUAAGCCUAAACCAUUUGGAAGGAACAAGUCUCCGUUUACACCAAAGCAUGGCCAUUCACCUCGGGUAUCACCGCAAAUAUCUCCAGCUGGAUCAGAUCCAGAUUUACACAUGAAUGGUCACGUGGAUGGUCACGUGGAAAGUCCGUCUGAUGAUUCUGAAGACGUUACACAGAAGCACACGUUACUCCAAGCUCGUGAGGACUGGGAUCCUAAGGAUUCUCAUAAAAAGGUCGCUGGUGGAAAAAAGAAAAGGGACGUCAUUGAAAAAAUCAAACGUGCUUUAUGUCAUGUACCUCGACACUAAACUUUUAAAGAAAUCUUCAGCGAAGGAUUAAGUUUUUAAUAGUAUCCGAAGUGUAGGAAUUGCUUCUUGUUAUUUAGAAUUUCCUCUGGAUUGGUAAUGUUCGUCAUGAGGGUCAUAAUCAGUGGAAAUAAUGAAUAAUGACAGAUUCAGUCCGACUGAAAGUUUCUUUGACAAAAUUUUAAUAUUUAAAUAAAUUUAUAUUUAUAUAUUUAUUUCUCAACCGCGUUAUAAUAAAUGGACGUUCAUAAGAACGUUUUUUACUUAGAGUGUGAGCAAGAAAUAGUGGUGUGCAAAAUAAGUUUCACCUGUCGAUGUGUGUAGAGUUUUAUUCCUAUUUUUCAGUGUGUACUUCAAGUUUGUAAGGUUAUCUAAGGUGGCAUUCGAAUACUGAUUCAAAAAUGUUUUCUCCUUCUUCCAAACUGUGUGGUCUUUUGUUAUGUAGUUUUUUGAACCAACAGAAACAGAUUAUUUCACGGUGGUGAGCUCACUAUGACGGACUCACCAAUGAACUUUUUACAUUUGUUUGUAUUAUAGUUCGUCUUUAAAUAAGAUACUUGAAAGGCAACAUACUGAGCUUAUUGUCGCCGUAUUACGUUGUAAUACUUGACGGUUUCUGAACGCAGCUCAAAGUAUAGGCGUUUAUUCAUUCGCGGAAUAAGCAGAAAAGCACUCCGCCCUUCACCUCACUUCACUCGCCCCAGUUCUUCUUGUUAUUAUGCAACUGAUAGAAAUAUAUGGAACGAAUUUACCACAGGUUAUUGCGCAGAUUUCGCGCCUCGUCCCCAGCCGGAGCUCCCGCGUUUUCCUUCAGCGGUGAACGAAUGCCCAACGCUCUGGGCGAAAGCAUACAAUCCUAGUUCCGGUUCGUUUGUACCCUUGAAUUCCAGGUGCGCCUAAGUUCGACAAUGGCUUCUCCUCACAUGCGUAGAAGGGGAGUGAACGCUGUGAUAGAUGCUGGCUCGCCUUCCAAACGAUUUUGACCUCGUAUUCUUUAGUCUUAAAUAGGGUAGGGGUUUUGGGAAGCGGGCCGCACACCCCCACCCGACUGUUCUGGGAGUACCCCUCCCCGGGCCAGAUAUAAACGUACUACCAUGCGGAAGAGUAGCCCAGGGUUUUUACGUCAGGCUUUGGCAUGUCGUUUCGGUCACACUCGCUUCUUUCUAAAGAGAGGGGGAAACUAUUUAGCUGUCAUUUAUCUACCGUGUAAGAAAUAUUUGCACAAAUCUUAUUUGAACGCCAAUUAAAACAGUUGUGGAAUCUCUUUGUUAGUGUACUAGUUCCACUCAAAAAUACGCGUGAGCCCAAAUGCCAGAAAGUUGUUCAUCCAGUGGGGCACAAAAUGGAUACAGGCUUUUGAAGCACAAGUAAAAAUAAAUAUUUCUUUAAUCGUCAACGUUUCAAAAUGCAGUUAGUGUAGAAGGUUCAGGUACUGUUGGCAGCCGGUCUUGCUUUUCUUCUCCUGAGGGCCCCACCCAUGUCUUGUCCCAAUCCCUUUUCGUCCAAAGGGUCUCGCCUCAUUCUCCCAGGCUGAUUGCGAGAAAAAAAGAGCGCCAGCGACCUACUUAAGUUCAAAGAUAUCAAUAAAAUGACCAUGAGUUCAGCCAUAUGAAUAUCUGAAUAAUUCUCCUACUGUAAUUAUGGAUAUAAGAGCAGCUAAGAGCUGUGUAAUUUUGAUGUCUGCCUUGUCUACCCACAGACUCUCUGUUUUGUCUUGAGUUCAUUGACAUAAAAAAUAACUUGCACGAAAAAAGUCUGUUGAGACUAAUGCCCACCUUGCAUUGGGGCAUACAAUAAAUUAUUACAAAUUUGUUAUACAUAAAUGAGUGAUAUUCAUUGGAG